AUGGAUCCCCGGCGGGCCAGCGUUGCGCGGCCUGGGGCGGUGCGGGCGGCAGCGGACGAGGAGGUGGAGGAGGAGCUGAUGAUGAUCGAGGAGAGCGCGGUGAGUGCAGUGCAGCCCUGGGCGCGGCAACGCUUGGCACUCCCCUCGCUCUCGCCUCCUUCCAUCCACCACCCUCCCUCCCUCUCCCUCGUUCAACUCCUUUACUCUGCUGCUCACUCACCUCCCUUCACCGCCCUGGCACUCCUCGUAUUCCCCACCCUGCCACACUACCAUGAUUCACUGCGGUGCAACGCGGUGCAGAUGGAGCGCAUGGAGAAGACGUUGGACAGCGUGAGGGGCAACUUCAACACGGUCAGAACGGGGCGAGCCAGCCCCUCCCUGCUGGACCGCAUCGAGGUGGAGUACUAUGGCACAAACGUGAUUCUAAAGAGCAUCGCGCAGAUCGCUACGCCCGACGCCUCCAUGCUGCUCGUCACGCCCUUCGACAAAUCCAGCAUCCCGUCCAUCGAGAAGGCGAUCAUGAAGUCGGACGUGGGCCUCACGCCCUCUUCUGAUGGCAAUGUCAUCCGCCUCUCCAUCCCCCAACUCACCGCCGAGCGCCGCAAGGAGCUGCUGAAGACGGUGUCAAAGCUGUCUGAGGAUGGCAAGGUGGCGCUGCGCAACGUGCGCCGGGACUCCAUCAAGGCGUACGAGAAGCUGCAGAAGGAGAAGAAGAUCUCAGAGGAUGCUCUCAAGGACCUUUCAAACGACAUCCAGGUGACGUGGCAUGCUAGGAUUGGCCAGCAUUACCCGCCAUGCAGGCACCCACACAUCUUCCUCACAACCUCUGCUGACUCACCCCUUCCUGCUCCUAGCUGUCAGGAAACUCACAUUCCUGAACCUCUGCUUCUGUUUACCCCACUCGCUUCGGACACCCCUCUCUUUUUGUACCCCCCCUCCCCUCCCCCCCCCCUUCCGCCCCUCCCUCUUUUCUGUCUUGCUACACCUUCCGCCCCCUUUCCCACGCGUGCAUGCAAGCAGAAGAUGACGGACGACUAUGUGAAGCAGAUCGACACGGCCUUCAAGCAAAAGGAGAAGGUCCGUGCCACACCCACCCGCCCACACAUCUGCAGUGCAGUGCAGGAGGCUCCGUACCUUGAUGGAUUGCACCGAACAACCGCACCUCUGCACCCCUUUCCAUCCAUCUCCGCCGUCCCUCCCCCUCAGGACCUGCUCACGGUGUGA